UUAUACGAUACUUAUUGAAAACUUCUGCUCGGCACACGCUCGGCACGCGCCCAGCGUCCGAACUUGGGAGCAAAAUGAGCCAAGGCAAAUUAUGGUUGCGAAUAUCUAGACGGCGGAAUACUGUACAGAAUCAAGCAUAUAGACACGAUUCUGCUGAAGUUUUGGAGCAGACCUUCCUUCGAGACGUCGAUGACCUGAAGCCCAUUGACAAACACAGGUGUCGGAAAUAUCUAGCAGCACAAAACCUUUUCUACGGCAGCAACCUGAGCUGUAAUACCUGCUGUUUGUAUAUGGCUAUGGGGAAGCUUAAGUGGCUGGCCACUGGUGCCAUCUGCUUGGCGGGUGUUGCGAUGUCAUUUGCCGUGUGGUCAUCAAACGAUUCGGCGUUACUUGGAUUGUCAUGGCCAUGGGGAAAGUCCUUUCCAGCACCAGCAGCGGCCAACCUCAUCCUUUUAUUGCUCGUCGGCGUCAUGCUGGCAUGCUUUGCACCGGCAAUGCGGGAAAGCGCCGGCAGGCCUGUCCUACCGCUGCGUGCAAGGACCAUAAUCUUCUACACCUGGCUGCUACUGAACCUAUACUGGUUUGUGGAAGGAAUCCGGUACCGGGACUUCCAAAAGAAGCCCAAGUGGCUGAAGCACCGCAGCGCGCAGCCCCUUUCCGAAAGUACGGCACACCUGCUACGGCUGUCGUACGGCGUGGGCAUGGCUGCCUGCUGGCCGUUGCUGGCCAACCUCUUUGUCGUACUGCUGCCCGUGGAUCGCACCCUGCUGCUGCUGAGCUGUCUGGGGGUGGGGCACGAGGACGGCGUGCUGUCUCACGCGCUGUGCGGUACGGCAGUGUGGUGCUGGGCGACCGCGCAUGCCCUGCUCACCCAGGGUCCUAUGCUCGCUGCCGGGUUGUGGCGGGUGAUCAUGUUACCGCCGCGGGACGGGUCCGAGGGCAAGGGGAUCUCCAACUUUAUGGGCCUUAUGGCCUGGCUGCUGCUGUGCGGUCUGGGCGCCUCCUCCCUGGCCCCGGUGCGGCGAGCCGCCUUCAACACCUUCCUGCGACUGCACCUGCUGCUGGCGCCGGCGAUCUUACUAAUGGCCUGCCUGCACGACAGCAAGGUUUUUUGGUACGGCAUGUUGGGUGCUGUGUUGUACGGAGCAGAUCUCGUACAACGGAUCGUACUGCGCCGCCGCGCCGCCGUCGCCACCGCCACCGUUUACCCGCUAGCGCUGCAGCCGCUGUCGCCGUCCCUGUCGGCCGGAAGAAAGGCCGCCGUCGCCACUGCGGUGAAUGCGGUCGCGGCGGCGGCGGCGAGGAGCGCGCUUGAGGACCUCGGGGCGGCGGCGGCGGCGGCGAUCGACUCGCCGCAGUCGGCUGUGGCGACGGCGGCAGCCACUGCGGCGGCAGCGGCGGCAGCGAGGUCCCUGACGGGCUGCGACGACGGAGGCGGUGAAGAAGGAGGUGGCAGCAGUAGCAGCGGUGGCGGCGGUGUGUCGUUUGUGGUGUUGCGAGUGCCUACUGGGGGGCCGCCGGGGUGCUGUGCGGGACAGCAUAUCUACCUCAAGGUGCCCAGUGUGUCCCGCUGGGAGUGGCACCCCUAUUCGGUGGCGGCGCACGACGACAGCGGCUUUGCGGUGGUGGUGAAAGCGGGCGGGGACUGGGAGCGCCGGCUGUGUGGGGAGCUGCGCAGGAGGGCGGCGAAGCAGCAGGAGCAGCAGGGGCGGGGGCGGCGGGGGAUGCGGCCGGAGGGAGCAGCAGCGGCAGCAGGGAGCGGUCAUAGCGCGCACAUUGAGGUGCAGUACGAGGGGCUGUACGGCACUCCCGACCUGCAGGCCGCAGCAGCCGCAGCAGACCGAGUGUUGCUGUUUGCGGGUGGCGCGGGCAUCACCCCCAUUGCCUCGGUGCUGCAAUCCCUGCUGCUGCAGACGCAGAUGCACACACCGCAGGGCCCACACCCACAUCGGGACCCGCCCUCACACCGCGGUGUAACGACGCGGCAGCCACAGCAGCAGCAGCAGCAGCUGCUGCCGCCGGCGGGUGGCAGGAGGGUGGGUGUUGCUGCGGCCUCAGCUGACCAUGACAGCAAGCAUGGCAACCGCUUUAACGGUUACGCCAACGGACAUACUGCUGAUGUUGCUGCUGGUACAACUCCUGGCUUCCACGGCCUGCAUCUUGAUGCGGUUAAGAGCGGGUUUGGGGAGCAAGUCCCAACCGCGGUCGCUGUCAUUCCUGCGGUGUCAUCAUCGCCUCUAACGACUGACGCAGCAGCAGCAACAGCAGGUGCUGCUGUUUCAUGCGUGGCUGCAUCUGCGAUGGCGGCGGCGGUGCGUCGCGGUGCUAGGGUGCACCUGGUCUGGUCCGUGACUCAGCAGUCCGACGCCCAGCCGCUGCUGCCGCUCCUCCGAGCCGCCUCAGCCGCCGGCUGGUCCGCGGACCUUCACUGUACUCGGCAGCUGCCGCCGGCCCCGCUAGCUGCCUUCGUCUGCUCGGACGGCGGCACCGCAGUCCCGCUGCUGCAGCCGCCGCUGACGGCGGCAGCCAACGGGACGGCGACAGCCACAGCAGACCAGCCACCGUUGCCGCCGGCGGAGGCAACGGCGGCGGCAGCGCCGGUCAACCGCUUUCCCAAGCCGCCGCUGUCGAAUCGCGUCCAAGUUUCAGCAGGGAAGGGUGCUGUGGAGGCGGCGACGGAGGCGACGGCGCCGCCGCCGUGGCAUCUGAACGGUGCCGCGUGUUGGGCUGUGGCCGCCUUUGCUGCGGUGCUGGGCGGGUUGGGUCGCGCCCUGGGAGGUGGCGUCAUGGGCACGCAGCACUGCGAUGUGGCUGCGGACACCGCCACCCUGGCUGCCGUCAGCGCCGCCUCUGCUGCUGCUGGCGGCGGCGGCAGCGGCGCCAGCACCUCCACCGUCAGCGCCGCCGUGAAGGCCUGGGUGGCGUCCGUACGUCAAGCGUUCACCGCCGUCGCCUCCUUGGGCAGCAGCUCCGGCGGCGACGGCAGCACUCUAGGCAUGGAUGAGGCCUUGGAGACCAGCGGAAGCGGUCCCCUGAGGCGCCUCGUCAGCAGCCUCAUUCACCUGACCCGCGACGGCUGCCCGGCGACCCUGGACCCCUCCUCCCAGCACUACAUGCAUGCGCAUGCUCAGCAGUUGGGGGACCUGCAUGGCUCGGGAGUCGCCAAGGCGGCGGGCGUCGUGAGCCUUCGCGUGUGUCGGGUGUACGGCAUGCCGGAUCCGGAGCUCUGUGUCAAGUGCGACCCCUUCAAGACUCGCUCCCCGCUAGAGCAGAUGUGGCCCUGCUGCUCUGCGCCGGUGUGCUAUUACGGCACGCGACUGGCGCCGUUGCUGGGGUGGGUGCUGGGCGUGGCGUUGGGGGCGCUGAUGGCUUGCCUGGUGUGGCGGCUGUGGCGGCAACGGCGGGCGGUGAAGCUAGG